CUAGCCACCAACAUUUUUUUUUUUUUUUCCUCUUUUCUCUUCUUUCUUUUUUUUCUUCCGGGCCUGUCCCCCAUGUCACAGACGCAGACCCUUAGAUAACACUGUGUAAUACACUCAUGGUAAGGAUAUUGUCAGUUGUGUGGAGGAGGCUUCGGCCAAAUUGUGAACCAUUCAGGCCCUGGCCAGCACAUGCAGAGAAGAGGCCCAGGCACAUGGCAGCAGCAUUAUGAUAUGGAAUACCAAUAACCAAAAAUCAUAAAACCAUGACACCUGCUCACUACUCAGCCAUCCUUGCAUGGGCAAGGUGGGCAGCUGUGUUGCCAUCUUCUGCAGAGAGGACAGAGUGGCUGUCCUGGUCUCUGAGGGCAGGGACCUGAGCCUAGCAUUCCCUGACGCUUUCAGCAUGGGCUGGGAGCAGUGCCAGUCCUUCAAGGCAGCAAAGGGCAGAAAGCAAUGACGCUGGGUGGGACUGAGAAGGUAGAGGCCCCAGCGCCUGUUCCUCUGGCUGCACUAGGACAGGCAGCGAUCCUGGGAAUAGCAGAGAGAUGUCUCCGUGGGCACCACCUCUCCUUGCUGUGGUAUCCAUCUCCUUCCAAAGCCCUGCUCCUCUUUCAAGGAAGGAUCUAUCCCUGCUGCCCCCAGCGCUUGUGCCAGGCUCAGGCACUCCCUGCAGCCAGAGACCUGCACAGCCACGUGGGCACUCGGACUGGGUCACCACAGCCUUCUCUGCAAUGGCUUUUGGCCAAAGGGAGACCACGGCUUGUCUAGUGCCCUUGAUAAGGUGAACAGCGCUAGGUGGUCUGGUCUCUUCAGUGGGGAGGAGGACUGCACCCUCCCUACUCGCUCACUCUGUGCCAACCGCCGCUGCUGCUCCUCAGGAGCUGUGCUCUUCCCACCUGGGGGAGCUGGGGCUCCCUCGCUCUCCCUGUGCUUCUUUUAGUGGUGUUCUGCCUCAGUUUCACUUCUCUGCGAUGGGUCCGUCGGCGCGAGCCUCUGCUCCGAGCUGAUCCGCUCGAGGUCUUCCCUGAAAAUGCCAGGGAAGAGCAAGCAGCAGCAGCACGGCCAUCGUUGCCUUGCUGGGCUCGUGAAGGCCAACAAGUGCUUCGUGGGCUCUCAAAAGCGGGAGCGUGGCACAGGGCCUGGGAUUCAGUCCUUCCUGGUGAGAGGCCAGAGGCUUUGCGUGGCCCUGCACAGGGCCAGGGCUGGGCACUGGGGCGGGCUGGCCAUGGCCCUGCUGUGCUGAGCUGGCCGGGCUGUGCCACACCCCACUGUCCCUGCAUCACAAAUGUUGCCAUAGCCCCCAGCUGGUGACACAGCAAGCCGCAUCACAAAGGGGACAACCACAAAUUUGGGGCAGGGCAAGGCUGGGUGCCACUUUGCCCGUGAGCUAACUGGAGAGAGGAGCUUAACUGCUUGGCUCUCUCUGCACAUCACAGGCAUGGCUGAUUUCUGGGGAAUGGGCUUCUUCCUCAGCCUGGAGGAUUACACUUAUUACACUAUUUUCUACCGUAUCCUCUGGAAUAUGCUGAUCAUAGCAUUAUUCGACUUCGUUAUGGAUUUGUGGGAUCGGAGGGUAGGAGUCAGGGCUAGUGCUGAGCCAGGCACUGUAACACAGGGAGGGGUGUCAGUAGGGGCCAGGGUCAUCCCAGGUCUGGGCUGGGGGCCCUGCCAGGGAGGAGAGGCCGUGUCCCAGCAGGGCCUGGCCAGGCUCGGCCGGGAGUCCCGGGGCAGGCACGGGCCUGGGCCUGGCUGUGCCCUGGGUUUGUGGGUGCAGCUGAGGCUGCUGGGGAUGCUCCCCUCUCACUUGCUGCUUUCUGUGCCCAUACAGAGAGAGAGACAGAGGAUGUUCCAACACAGAGGCAACCAGGAAAAUUCUAGAGUUUGGGACUUCCCCACGUCUUCACAGCACUCGAGGAUGCACUCCUCAGCGCCCACGCUAGAUGACGAUAUCUAUGAAAUAAUCUGUCAGUUCAACAGGAACCUUGAUACCUUGAUCAGUUGCUUGGAGAUCUCAAACAAGCGCAUCUUGGAAAUGCCUGAGGACAGCGAUGAUUCCACCACCUGGGUCACAGCAAGUGAAGACAGCUGCUCUUCAAGGGCAUCGCCAUGCCCUUUGAGCACCAGUGGCGAGGAAAUGGAGGCACCUUGCCCUCACCCGAAAACCCAGGAGAACUUGGAAAGCUCCAUCCCAGAAAGGAAAGCGGAGCAGGGACUAAGCCUCAGUGAUCGGAAACAGCCUGAUGUGAUGCUGGUUCCCACGGUGAGGCACCUGCCCUUCAUGGAUGAGGCUAAGAAAAGUCAUCUGGAGGAUCCUAAUGUGAAAAUGCAGGCACCACAGCACCUGGAGAAGAGUUUGUCAGAGGCUGUCCUGGGGCAGAAACAUUCCCGGCUUCCCCAUCCACGGAGGCAUAUGAGGGCGUCCAUCCUCUCGUCCUUCCAGCACAGGCACAGGCAAGCUCGGGCAAGGAAGUCAGCAGCGCAGCGCCGUGGUCAACUUCGAAAAUCUUUUUCCACACCAGAUGCACACACACAAGAAAAGAAGGUUCCAGUCCAAACUGCCUCCUACGGAGUCCCUGAAAGCACUGAAGACCAGCAGAACUGGUUGAUGCAUCUAUGGCUGGAGCAGUACCAAUAUGUUGAGAGACAAAAGGCAAAUUAUGUGCCUGUCCAGGAAGGAUCCAAGCGCGUGGCUCCAUCCAACACUGCAGGCCUGGUUGAUGGACGAGGAGCAACAGUGGGAGAGAGGAAUUCACCCAGGGACAUGGCCAGGAGGCGGCAGAGCUGGAAUAAUACUGCUGCUGGCUGGCAGCCAGAGGGGCUCCUUGAACAUGCAUUCACGGGAAAGAUUACAUCAUUUGUGCGGAGUAAGCUGAAGCGGAUAAAAACGGUAGGGGCAUCCAUACUGAUUGGCGUGGAGAAGAAAAGUGAGUGAGCGCAUGACCCGGGUGCGAUCGGCCAUGCGCAGCGGCUGCACGGUUAUAAAAGACAGUGCGAAAGUUCCAGAAAACGAGAGUUGACUCCACAGCAUCUGUGAUUGUGUCUCUCCCUGGGAUGGGAUCCCAGUUCUUUAGGGUCUAUUAAUUAUCACGCUGCGACAGGAGGCUUCUGCCACAUUGUGAACCAUUCAGGCCCCGGCCAGCACAUGCAGAGAUGAGGCCCAGGCACAAGGCAGCAGGACACAGGACACCUAGGCCAGGGACACCACCUCUACCACAGAGCUGCUGCUUUGUGACGGCCCUCCUGUGCCUUUGCAUUCAGUGUGCCAGGGUCAAGCUCCAAGCUGCUGGCAAGGCCCUCUAUUCCAUGAUCAAGAAGAGAGGUGAGG